AUAUUCUUUUCAAUUUACACUGUUAUCACUAUCAUCGUCACUGUUAUUAUUGUUAUUGUUUAUAUAUCACGUCACAUAGCUUAUAUUUUUUUAAUUUUUAAAUAUGCAUAUUUUAAAUAUGCAUCCUUAUCAUUAUCAUCGUCACUGUUGUUACUGUUACUGUUUAUAUAUCACAUGGACAUAAAUUAUAUUUUAAUAUGUGUACUCUUAUCAUUAUCAUUAUUGUUACUGCUCACAUAUCAUAUACGUGUAGUUUGUAUUCAUUUAUAUAUAUAUAUAUAUGCGUGCAUUCUUAUCAUUGCCGUUAUCGUUAUCAUUGUUAUUGUUAUUUUCAUACUUACUAUUAACUAUGUAUAUGUUUUUUUUUUCCCUCCUCUCUCUCUCUCUCUCUCUUCCAUUAAUAUAUGCAUUAUAUAUUCGUUAUUUUUGCUUCUUUUUUUCCUUUU